GGACGCGGCUGAGGUGCUUGGUUUCCAGGAAGUGACGUCAGGAGGCCUCGGAGAUGGACGAUGUGCUGGACUUGGGCGAGGAGCGGCGCCGGGGCUCGGCCACCUCCGGGGCAAAGAUGGGUCGCCGAGCUCAAGUGGAGUCUACUCGGGCUGACAACCACUUCAGUGGGAAGAGUUCUUCAUUCAUUCUGACUGGAGAGGCUCCCCCUCCGAAACCCCCUCGCAGGCUGGGAGGCUGGAUGGAUGAUUCCAUGAGGACCUCGAAGUUGGGAAGGAAGGCUUCUGAAGAGAUAGAAGAUCACCGCCUCAGACAGCAGAGCCUGGAUGGAUCAGAUGAUGGAGAUAUUCCCGUCAUUCCCGAUCUGGAAGAAGUACAGGAAGAAGAAUUUGUUUUGCAGGUGGCAUCCCCUCCCAGUGUCCAGGUAAACCGGGUGAUGACCUAUCGUGACCUGGACAAUGACCUCAUGAAGUACUCAGCCUUUCAGACCUUGGAUGGCGAGAUCGACCUGAAACUCCUCACCAGAGUUCUGGCGCCAGAGCACGAAGUGCGAGAGGAGGACAUCGGCUGGGAUUGGGACCAUCUGUACACAGAGGUGUCCUCGGAGCUCCUCAGUGAGUGGGACCUGCUGCAAACAGAGAAGGAGGACCCCACUGGGCCACUCAGGCAGACCUGAGGCAGACCUCCGCCUCAGACUUGAACAGGUGCAGUGAGCCUAAAGCCAACGAGGCUUGCAAGCACCUUAGGGUUUUUAUAUGGAAUAUUUUCUAAUAAAAACGUUUAUUUUCUGUAGACCACGUUGAGUCGUUCGAAUACAAUAAAUGACUUUAUUCUGUG